CCCCGCCCCCCCCCAGCAAAGGCCAACUCCGGCCGGGCACGGCUCCUCCUCGCAGCCCGCAGCGCCCCGGCCCCAUCGCAGCCUCCUCCUCCUCCUCCUCCUCUCUUCCUCCUCCCCUCGCCCGGGGCACCGGCGGCGCUGCGGAGGGGACGCUCCCGUGCGGGGGCGGGGGCGGAGGAGGAGGAAGAGGAGGAGGAGGAGGCGGAGGAAGGCUCCGGCCCCGCUCGCCCAGGGAGCGCGGCCCCGCUGGCGGUGCUGAAAGAAAUCAAGCAAUCAAGCACAGCCGUUCUCCCGGGGCCCAGCAGGGCUUUUGUCAAUAUUUGGGAAUUUUUGGAAAUUUCUGGAUUUGGAACAAGGAGCACGGCAUCCCCUCAGCAUCGCUCGGCCCAAGCACAUCGAGGUUGCCUUUUUCUUCCCCUGCCUCCAGCGACCCCCAGAGCCGGAUGCUCCCCCCAAAAUAACGUCCCUGGCCGGUAUCCCAAAAUAAUGCUCUCGGUCCCUGCAGCGGGAGCAUCCCGGUGCCAUGGAUGGGGCUGUGGUGCCACCGGGUGCCUCGGGGUCACCGGGUGCCUCAGUGCCACCAGGUGCCACGGCCACCACCCCGCAGCACCCGGUCGGGGGGGCCCUGGAACACCAACGGAGGGGGCAGUGCUGGGGAGUGACGGGGAAAUGAGGCCAAAUCUCGCUUUUCUGGUUCGGGUGCGAGGAGUGGAAAGCGAACGUGGGCAGCAGUGAGUCUGGGGGGGUCAGCGCCCCGUCCCCAUGCCGAUGGGUCGGGGCCCCCCCAUGUGCUGGUCAGGGGGAGAAAAGGGGGCCGAUGGCUGCGUUUUGAGGCCUGAACAAGGAGGGCGAGGAAAAAAUAUAUAUAUAAAAAACCGGUGGAAUCAGGGUCGGUUGCCAAAGCAAGCAGCAGCAUGGGGAGGGGAUGAGCUACCUGAUGGAGGGGCAACGCGGGCCGGGCCGGGCCGCUGGUGGGAAAAGUUUAGCAACUCACACGAUCAAUUGCCAACAUACUUCUAUAGCUAAAUCCAAUUACUACAGACAAAUUGGCAUGGAUAUUCGCCUCGCAAACCUCUCCAUCCACACAAAGGGCUUUUUUUUUUUUUUUUUUUUCCCUUUUUCCCCCCCCUUUCCCUUCUAUGAUUUUAUGAGAGAGGAAAAUUACUCAGAUGCCGAAUGUACUGUAAGUAAUAAGGGCUUUGAAAAUAGGCUCCUAAUUAAAAAUGAUACCACUGCUCAUUUGUUUUUAAGAACACAUUCAACUUUUUCUUCCCUGCUGCAUUCAAAUGUUGGGGUUGCUGGCGUUUUUUUGUGAAAACUGGCUUUCCGUUUCACGAUUCUGGUUUUAUUUGCCUCCCCCCGCCCCCCUCCGGGGUCUGCUUUGAAUUAGCAAAAUCCAAAUCCAAGAAUCUGCAGAGGGAUAUUAUAGAAUUUUCCAUGUCCUUAUUAUUUUUUUUAUUAGCGGGACCGGGCAGCUCGGGUGAGCGGGGAGGAAAAAUGGCUUUUGUGGUUUUCAGCAGUUGUGCGAGCCGCGGGCGCUGGGGCCGUGGGGGCGGCAGUGGGCCGGGGGGGGCGAUUUCCAAACGCUUGGGGCACGGGGAGCCGCCGGGCGGUGGGAAUCUGGGGCUGGUUCACGGGGACUAUUGUCGCUGCAGCACCCAGGGGUGGUGCAUGGGGUGCCGGGGUAGCACCUUGGGGCUGAUCGGGGGAUGCGGGGAUGGGCAGGAGGGAGGCAGGGAUGGUCCCAAGGGAUGUAAAGAUGGUCACAAGGGAUGCAGGGAUGGACAGGAAGGAUGCAGGGACGAUACCGAGGGAUGCAGGAAUGAUCACGAGGGAUGCAGGGAAAGUCACAAGUGUUGCAGGGACAGUCCUAAGGGAUGCAGAAAUGGUCCCAAGGCGUGUGGGGACAAUACUGAGCGAUGCAGGAAUGGUCACGAGGGAUGCAGGAACAGCCACAAUUGUUGCAGGGACAGUCCCGAGGGAUGCAGGGAUGGUCCUGAGGGAUGCAGGGAUGACCACAAGGGACACGGAUGUCCCAAAGAAUGCGGGGUUGGUCACAAGGAGUGCAGGGGUCAUGAGGAAUGCAGAGACAGUCACAAGUGCUGUGAGGAAGGUCCCAAGGGAGGCAGGGAAGGGCAUGAGGGAGACAGGGACAGUCCCAAAGAACACAAGAAUGGUCCCAAGGGAUGCAGGGAUGGUGGCAAGGGGUGCAGGGACAAUACCAAGGGAUACAGGGAUGGUCAUGGGGGACACAGGGACAGUCCCAAGGGAUGCAGAGAUGGUCCCAGUGGAUGUAGGGAUGGCCACGAAGGAUGCAGGGACAGUCCUGAGGGAUGUGAGGAUGGUCAGGAGGGAUGCAGAGGUGGUCCCAGGGGAUGCAGGGAUGGUCCCUCAAGGUGCAAGCAUCCCCUGGGGGCUUUUAUCCCAACACCCCGGGCAUCCAAGAGAUGGCAGUCGCCUUGCAUUUUGGCAGCACCCAGCGGGCAGCAGGUGCUGUACCUGCACCUGGGGCCAGCUCCUGGCUGGGGAACCGUGGCCGGUGCAGCAGCUCAGCGCCAGGGCGCCACGUGCUGCACUCUGUUCAGGGCCCUUCCCUGCCCCAAAGAGCUUUGGGUGGGUGGAGGAAAAGGGCUGGGCAGGCAUCAGGCCCCAACACCGUGUAUCUGGCUGCAAAAAAACUCUUAACACCAGCCCUUUGGGGUCCUUUAGGCUGCCUUCUGGCCGUGCUUUCUGCAUUUCUGGGCUCUUGCCACCUCCCUGGAUAGGGCUGAGGGUGGCCUUGGGGUGUCCGAUAGCCCCGGGGAUGGGAUGCAGGGGAUGUUGGAUGGCCGUGGGCUGGAAUUCGAUAAUAAAGGGAAAACGUGUGCAGGAAGAGGGGCUGGGGACGGGGCGUUGCAGGACGCUUUGAAGGACCCCAACCCCUUUAAUACCCGUGCCUCAGUUUCCUCACAUGCGUUGCUCCCAGAGAAAAUUCGGCUCUUCCCUGCUCGGCCCGGAGCAGGGCCUGGAGAGUUAAAGGCGGCGACAGGAGCACAUGCUCUGCCCAGCCCUGAACCGCAGCCAGCUCCGGGCCGAGGCAACAACAGCCGCUAUUGUGUGCCAGCGGCCCCGCGCGAGCGCCCAGCUGCUGCGGCGGGCGGGAGGCAGGAAUUUCGCCGUGACAAGUGGACUUUGUAUCCGCUCGCUGGGCUGCUGGGGAUUUUUUUUUCAUAGGAAGUGCAGAAAUCAGGGCGUUCGGCUCCCCCGGCAUUUCUCCCACCCUGCUUUAUAGCGAAUGAGGGGGAAAAUAUUUUUUUAAGGCAAUUCCUUGCUUUUUUUUUUUUUUUUCUCGGUCUUCUUCCUAGGGCAGCUGGUGGCUGCGGAUGCACCUCCUCGGAGGGGCCAUGUUUACCCAAGUGGCACCGUGUUUGUCACCGGGGCCGGUUUGCUCCGGUGUGUAAAUAUGUGGUGGGAGCCACGUGAGAGCGCUGGCAAACAUCCUCCUGCCGCUGCCACCACCAGGCCUUCCUCCUCCUCCUCCUCCUCCUCUUCCUCCUCCCUGCCCUGGGAACGCAGCCCAGGCAUCCCAGGCAGCGCUGCCCUUUGGGCCAAGCCCAAACCUGCAGCUGCUUCGGGGUUCCAAAGGGGCUCUGUUGUGCUGAGGGCAGGAUCCGUCCCUGCCGUCACAUCCCCUCGGAGCAUGGACAAACCUUGCAAAGUGGGGAAACUGAGGCACGGCGACUGGCAGGGCCAGGCUCUGGCUUUUUGCCGUCGAUUGCAGCGGGCAAAGGUUUGGGGAUAGGGACAGGGGGGCAAUUAUCCAUCUGAAUCCCACGCCCCUUUGGAACAGCAUUGCUUUGUUUUUUGGGGUGAAGGCAGUUGCUGCUGCAGGCACAAUCCCUGCCCUGGGUGCUUUGCCCAGGGGAUGUUGGGUGGUGCAAGAGUGAGGGUGAUUGCAGGAGCCUCGCGCAGGGCCGGCAGGGACCCGCGGGGGGGUGUCACCGGGAUGGGACCUGCCCAAACCGGGCGGUGGGGAGGUGUGGGGGGGGCACAGCGUCACUCAGCCUCGUGACAGCGAUAACCGCUGGGUUUUAUUCACCAUCCUCCAGCCCGGCAGGGCGCAGGCUCUGUGGUGGUGCCACCACCCCCAGCCGCUCCGUGUCACCUCCAGCCAGCCCCACCUGCGGGUCCCGGCCGUGCUGAACGGCUGCGGUGCUGGGGGGUGCUGGGAUGGAGGCACCCCGAGUGCAGGGCUCGUUUGUGGGAGCAGGAGCUGCACUGUCCUGGGCACCGUGCGAAGCCACGUCCCGUGUCCCAUCCCUCCUGCUCUCGGAGGGGGACAAACGUACCAAAACCCGCCGGCCCUAAACCAAACCUGCUGCAAAAGGCAGGGCGGGGGCAGCCGUUCCCCCAUGGCACGAAGCUCGGCGCUGCUCCCUGCUCCCUCUGGCAAGCAGAGACCCCAGCCCCAUGGCCAGCAUCGGGGCCGCACCAGAGCAACACACCCCAACGGCACCUGGAGAUGGAGAGCGGGUCCGCGGGGUGCCCCCGCAUCCAUCCCUGGGAUGGGAGAGGGGCUUCGGGGAGGGUUUGUUCCCCCAAAUUCGGGGCAGGUAUCGCAUCGCUCCUGCCCUGUCUUGGGCACGGCGGGGGCACAGUGCUGGGGUGCAGGGGGGCCCCGCGCUGCCCCCCCCAGGAGCCCAGCUCCAGCCUCCCAACUGGGAAGGCCGUCUCGAAACCAGUCUGACCAGAAUAACUGGGAAGGCAACUGUGGUUUCUUUUCAGGAAAAAGAGAUCUUGAAAAAGAAAUGAAACUGUUUUCGCUUGGACAAAAAUAUUCCUAGACAUUUUUCCACAUUUUGCCAGCGUACAAGAGCAUUUGCUUUUCAUUUUUCAAUGGAAACCCAGAGAAAUAUAAUUGGAAAUGAUGUUUUCCCUGAGAAGAAAAAAAAAAGGCAAUAACUGCUGAAAAUCCAUUUUGGUAAAAACAAAGCAACUGGGUGAAAGAAAACCCUUCCAAACCUGUGCCGUGCCUGUGCUGACACGGCUCCCCCCAAGCCCUGCUCCUGCCCAAGGCCAGAACCAAGCAGGAUACGGUCUCGCCGGAGCUCCCUUCUCCACGAGGAGCAGCCAUGGGGAUGCCACGGGCCGGGUUUUGGGGUGAAAUCCAACCCAAACGGUGCCUGGCGGUGCCUGGGGCUGGCGGGCGUGCCAGGGGCGCUGUGAUGGUGGUGCUGGGGGCGCUGGGGGCAGCGGGGUGCAGCCGGCGUUCCCCCCGCGCCCCGCGCUGCCUGCCCACAUUUUCGAGAGGGGUGUGAAGCAAACAUGAGCCAGCCUCAAACGCUCGGUCCCAUGGUGCUUUUUGGAAUAGUGAUAAUUAAAUUCAGACUUUUUUCCUUUCAAAAUGCCCUGGAAAAAUCCAAUCACUUUGCAAAUCAAAAUAAGCAUUUCCAAUUAAUCCUCUAACUCGAACCACAUGGCUUUUAGGGAACGCGGUUGCACUCUGCUGAGACGCUAUUUUUAAACCGGUGACGGCUCCGGCGAUGCUCUGGGCGUGCUGGAAGCGGGCGCGGCGCGGCCGGAGCUGGGCUCGUGGGGACGCCAGCCCCGUCCCAUCCUGUCCCUGCCCCCCCCGGGGGGGGUGACAUCUCCGCUGAUGGCCUCGGUGGCCCCAGGGGACCCGCUGAGGCUUCCCGAAUGCAUUGUCGUGCUGUCAGCGUGGUGGCAAUGAGCCCUGCCCGAGGGGCUGAGGCCGUGCAAACUCGUUGCGCUGCUGUCAGGGCCACGAGGACACUCAGCCCUCGCCGUGAAACAUCCGCCUGGGUUCACCCGAGAGAAAAUCCCCUGCCCUGCUCGGGAGGCCAGGAGAGCCUGGCACCGCUCCCAGUAAGACCAGUGGGAGGAACUGGUGUCACCGCUCGGCCACCACCCCCUCGCUGCCUCCCUUCACCCCGGGGGACAAGAUCCUCUGGGUGCCCCGGGGGAGGUGAGGGUGUUUGGUGAAGCGACGGGGACAGCUCCUGUCCCCUUGUCCCUGUCCCCUCCCAUGAUGGUGGCAUUUCCAGGGCCCCUCGGCGGCUGUGCCAAGGCGGUGCUGAGCGGUGCCAGCUGCCACCCGCCGAGCCCAGGGGCUAUUUUUAGCCCUGGCUGGGGAUUUGGGUGCUAAGCAGCCGGCACCUCGCAAGCUGAUUUGAGCGCUAAGCUGAAAAGCUGGGGACGGGGCCAAGGCGAGUGUGCAUCCGUCCCCGUCCCCCACCUGCCCCGGGGUGGGGAAAGUGGUACCCGGAGCAGCCUGGGGAGGGGGUCCUGGGUGGGCGCAUGGUGCUGCGGGGUGGCACCCCCAUCCUGCCCCCAUGGGUGACACCCUGCACCCGGUGCCUGGUGGGGCUGGCACUUGAGAAGCCGCCGUGGACAGGGAGAGGUUUGAGCGGGUGCCGCAGUGCCAAGGCAAAGUCAGCUCAGCCAUUGCUGUUCCCAGGCUGGGAGCACACGGGGCGACGCUCCCCCCACCCCUCCUCCUGCUCCUCGUGCCACUUUUCCUCCUGGAUCACCUUGGGAGCAGCCAGGAGCCCACAGCAUCA